CAACAGCGCUAAUUCAUAUAUUCCCUCAGUCUGACCACACAGUCGUCUGCAAGCAGCUUUUCUGUCAGGUUAUCGCCUGUUUCAGACGAUAUUUUCUCUCAGAAUCCGCGGGAAUUUUAGACCAAGGACAUUUUCCUCAGACUAACCACACAGUCGUUAGCAGACUUCUUUUCUGUCAGGAUAUCGUCUGUUUCAGACGAUAUUUUCUCUCAGAAUCCCGCGGGAAUUUUAGACCAAGGAUUCUUCAUGAUACCUCCACGGGAUCAGCUUCGAGCACAUGAGAACAGCAUGCCGUGCGACCAGCGAGCGGUGUUACGGGAAACCCAGCGGCAGUGCAUGUACCAGAAGGCGACCCGGGAACAGUCGGGCCGGAUGCCGACGAGACCCAAAGUUGAACUGGAAGCGGAGAACCGCAAGUUGUGGGAACUUUUCCACCAAGCCGGGACGGAAAUGAUCAUCAACACGAAAGGAAGGUGCAUGUUUCCGACACUGAGUCUGAACCUCUCUGGCUUACAACCCGAGCGGAAGUACUACGUCCUGGUAAAGAUGAUCCUGACUGACGACUCGCUCUACGCCUACCGUAACAACCAGUGGGUCGUGGUGGGGCGCGAUGCCAAGCCCAGCGUAGCGGACAGCGUGUACGUCCACCCCAAGUGUCCGGAGUACGGCGCCAAACUCAUGGAGCGCCCGCUGGCCUUUCCCGCGCUCAAGCUCAGCAGCAGGGUGCAUGAUGGGAAAAACAUGGUCCAGCUGAGGUCUAUGCACAAGUACCAGCCUGUAGUACAGGUAGUGGAGGCAGAGAACAUGUCAGACCUGGCCGUGGCACCCUCCUGGCAGUUCUCCUUCCCAGUCACCGAGUUCAUGGCUGUCUCUUCAUACUACAGCGACAAGAUCAGAAAGCUGAAGGUGGACAACAACAAGUUUGCCAAGAACCUACGGAACUUGGAGUCUGUGGAUCGCAGAGAGAGGAGCCAGGGGCAGGUGCCGGCCGUCCCGCGGAUGGUGCGACCACCGGCACAGAAGUCCCCCCCUCCCGUCACCUGCGUGCUGCCCCAAACCACCUGUGGAAACGGCGUACAAACAGCUUCUCCCGCCGCCGACACCCACGUCUCCCCCAAGCAGGGUGUUGUACCGCUCCAGCCCGGCGUGCCCUCCGCUGACCAGCUCUCCGCGUAUGCCGCCAAGGUGGCCCAGGAGCCUCCGCUCUCCGUCAAAAUCUUCAACAGCUUCUCCGUGCCUCACCGCCGCCUGCAUCACCGCAACAAGUCGCACUACGCCGUCUAUAAACAUCAGGUCGCCUUCGCUCCAAACCCCGAGGGUCUCCUGGCCAUCAGUAAACACACCACCCCUUCAGGAGUCCACAACGAUGUUUUCCCGUCGUCUUCGGCCAGUAGCGCGAGCUCAACCAGCUCGCAGAGGAACUUUUCACUGCCAGGAAGUAUCUAUUCCACUGCUGCUACGAGAGGCGUCGAACAAGGACCGAAACGCACUCAGGACUCGGUACUGCUGCCCAGCACCCUGGUGCUGCCGGCGUGUAGCGUAGGAAGCGACGCCGUCAGGUUCGAACCGUUCAGCGUUCCCAGCUGCAUGUUGGAGUCGGGGCUGACAAACGUCAACACAACUGCUGCUAGUACUGUUAGAGUUAGCCCGGAGAUGUUCACUGCCACUAGUAGUGCUGCUGCGUCCACAAGACCCAGUGUGAACGUCAACCCGCUGGUGAUGAGGAGCAAGAGCCAGGUCCGCGAGCACCCGUACACCAGGGUGGCGUCUCGGAGCAGCGCGUCCGUCCAACCGCCCGUCGCACACAUCGCCCAUCAACUCAACAUUCCCAGCAACAUCCCCGGCCAGCCUUGUCUGAGCGGACUCACUGCAAACCCCGCCGGUAGACGACAAACAUCGACCACCGCCGCGGCGACCCACUCCGGCCCAUUCCACCAACCGGAGGCAAGAAUGAGCCACCUGUCGUCAGACCUGCUCGUUAACGUGAACCUGCAGUCCCUUGGUCAGCUGGUCAGCCGCGUCCAGCCCAGAUGUAUCCAGCAGGAGAUGUUAGGCGAGCUCUACAACCCGGCCGAGGUGGAGAAACUACGGGCGUCCACAACUAUGCAGGCUCCGAUGGCGUGCUCCACCGCCAGCCUCCACCCACAGCAGAUCUCCGACAUCCCCCUUACACAGUCUCUGCAGCCCACGGCGCUGGCCUACAUGAGACAUUUCCAGGGAGUGUCCGCUGCCUUCACUCCCACCAGUAACGACGCCAUCAUCAACCCUGUGGCCGUCCGCACCAAGGCCCAGCUCAAGGCUUACCCUACGCACAUGGGAUACUUCCCUCUACCCUCGGGAAUCGUCUUAUAAGAAACUUCAGCCUGUUGCAUGUCUUUAAGAAACUCGCUUCUCCCCUCAAGGACAGAAAAGGUGUAAUUUCAUUGAGUUCAGGCCUUACCGAAACUCACAACAUUGGAUAGUUUUUACGAAAAGCCAUACUCUACUGAAAAGUAGUACCUACUAAACAACAAUCCUGUAGUGCUUAAAGUAUCAAACACGUGUUCAGUAGAACAAUGAGAACUCUCCCAUAUUAGUAGUCUUAGUACUUCUCAUUAUGAAACCAGCCUGUAUAUACUAACAUCUAAAAGGAACUGAAUAUGGUGCUACCUCACUGGACACCUCAAGAAAGGUGACAGGAGUUCUCUCGUCAACUCAGGGUAAAUUAAAACGAAAAAGAGAUUCUAUACAAAUAUUAUAUGAAGACUGUCCAGUAACUGCAAUGUAAGGCCUACAAGUGUACCUGGAUAGAAAAGUUGCUUGAAGAAACAAAAGUCAAGUUGCAAUGUAUCAGGGCUGCUAAUUUGUUGUCAUUUUUUAAGAUUAUUGUAAGACCAUUGCAGUAUUAUAAGCAGCAGCGUACCUAGAAGAUUCGACAACUUGAAAAGAAGUUGUUUUUCGAUUUGAUGUACAAAUUCGUUCAUUAUUAGAUGUUCUGUUUUUUUUAAUAAGUUCAAUGUUGAGUAGAGUAGAUUUGACAAAACUACUUUUAUGUAGUAGGAAAAUUAGAUGUUUUUUGUUGUUUUGUUCUGUUGUAUUUGUUGUUAAUUUUGAUGUUCUAUGUGUAAGAAGUUGUUAUGUUUAGUAAGGAAUGUGCCAAAUGAAGAUAUGCACGUGGAGACUCAUGACUUCCCCAGUAAGCCAUACCUUAAGUAGACUGACGCUUGAAAUAAAGUGUUUCAACACAGGUCAA